AUGUCUGCUCUCGCAGGACCUCUCCGGCCGCCAUGUGCGACAGAAGGCGAAGACGGCCCGAGCUCCGGACUUCAGACCUACUACGAGCAGAAAAUCGAUAACUUGCAGAGAGUCAUCAACGCGAAAACACAAGACAAGCGACGUCUUGAGGCUCAGCGGAACGAACUGAACGCGAAAGUGCGAGAACUCCGCGAUGAGCUCCAGGUGUUGCUCGAGCCUGGCAGCUAUGUGGGCGAGGUUGUCAAGGUGAUGGGCCGUAACAAAGUUCUUGUCAAGGUCAAUCCGGAGGGCAAGUACGUUGUUGACGUCGCGAAGAACAUUGACUUGUCUCAGUGCACAGUCAACACCCGUGUGGCACUGCUGAACGACAGCUACAGGCUCCACAAGAUUCUUCCGACGAAAAUCGACCCUUUGGUCUCUCUGAUGAAAGUGGAGAAAGUACCGGAAAGCACCUACGAGAUGGUCGGCGGCUUGGAGCAGCAAGUGAAGGAGGUGAAAGAAGUGAUUGAACUGCCUAUCAAGCAUCCAGAGCUCUUCGAAAGCCUGGGCAUCUCCCAGCCGAAGGGCGUUUUGCUGUACGGACCGCCGGGGACGGGGAAGACGCUGCUCGCUCGAGCGGUCGCUCACCAUACAGACUGCACAUUCAUUCGCGUGAGUGGAGGCGAACUGGUGCAGAAGUACAUUGGCGAAGGCAGUCGAAUGGUGAGAGAGUUGUUCGUGAUGGCCCGCGAACAUGCGCCGAGCAUCAUCUUCAUGGACGAAAUCGACAGCAUUGGAAGCCAGCGAACUGAGGGCGAACAUGGCGACUCCGAGGUCCAACGCACCAUGAUGGAGCUGCUCAACCAACUCGACGGUUUCGAGUCCACGCAAAACAUCAAGGUGAUUAUGUGCACGAACAGAAUCGACAUCCUCGACGACGCGCUCCUUCGCCCUGGACGCAUCGACCGCAAAAUCGAAUUCCCGAACCCAAAUGUCGACGCGCGUACGGAGAUUCUGAAGAUUCACAGUCGGAAGAUGAAUUUGAUGCGUGGAAUCGACAUGCGGAAAAUUGCCCAGGAAAUGAACGGAUCGUCGGGAGCCGAAGUCAAGGCUGUCUGCACAGAAGCCGGAAUGUUUGCGCUGAGAGAACGGCGUAUGUUUGUUACACAAGAAGACUUUGAGAUGGCUGUCGCGAAGGUUAUGAAGAAGGAUGCGGAGAAGAACAUGUCACUCCGUAAAUUGUGGAAGUAGAGAAGUUUUGGGGGUGGUCGAGGCAGUGUUUUUUCUCUUGAACGGUGGCAGUUGUUUUUCUUCUUUUGUUUUUGAGUUGUGCUUCUUCAACAUUUUUACUGUUCUACUCAACACACCUCUCUGUUGUGGUGUGGGGAUGUGUGUUUAUGGGCUUCUUGGUGUGUCUCAGAUCCCUGUGCGUAUCAUCCGACAAGGUUUCCACUGGCUGUGAAUUCUCGGUCGUGCUCACUCCACACACUGCGUAUCUCCGGUAGACUUCGUUCUCUCUCUAACGCUUUGCGAUCUUUGCGAUUUUC